GAGGGCAGAGAGAGGAAACCCUAAUAAAUACUCUAAAAUCGUUUAGCUCUCGCUUCUCUCUUCACUGCUCUCUUAUUUCUCCAUUAUCUUCGAGAAAAAUCUCAGCCGUCUUGUUCAGAUCACCGCAGAUUAUCUCUUUAGCGCUGUUUUUCUGCUCUGCGAAAUUCUUAACUACUUGUUCAGGAGUGUACAACAAUGGUGUUCUGGGUUUUCGGCUAUGGCUCCCUGGUGUGGAACCCUGGAUUUGACUAUGAUGAGAAAGUGAUCGGCUUCAUCAGAGAUUACAGGCGUGUAUUUGAUCUCGCCUGCAUUGAUCACAGAGGUACACCUGAACACCCAGCGAGAACCUGCACGCUGGAGUACAUUGAAGGAUCCAUAUGCUGGGGUGCUGCUUACUGUGUUCGUGGGGGCCCUGAAAAGGAAAUGUUGGCAAUGGAGUAUUUGGAGAGGAGAGAAUGUGAAUAUGAUCAAAAGAGCAUUGUGGAUUUUUAUGAGGAAGGUGAACCCUUGCAACCUGCUUUAAAAGGAGUUAUAGUAUUCACAUCCACCCCUGACAAAGUAUCCAACAAAUACUAUUUGGGACCUGCCCCAUUGGAAGAUAUGGCCCGACAAAUUGCCACUGCAUUUGGACCCUGUGGAAACAAUAGAGACUACCUUUUCUGGCUAGAGAAAGCCAUGUUUGAUAUUGGUCAUGAAGAUGACAUGGUGAUAGAAUUGGCAAACGAAGUUAGGAAGGUGCUUGGGAUUGUUGGGAAGAAGACGUUGGCCGGCUGUCCCCACAUCUCUCUCAAGUCCGAUGUGCCAGCCUUGAUUCCGGAAGCUAUUGCCAUGGAUUUGUAACGUUAGAAGGCUAAUAACUGAGGGAGGAAGAAGACGUAACCCAACUAAUGCAAUAGCUGAAUCUUACACCAGCUUGUUUUAUUCUUCUUCUUUAUUUCAAUUUUCCCCACAAGAUGACAUGUUUUCCCUUCAUUGACAGUGCAAUUUUAACCUUAGCUUAUUUAGAAUGAGAGCCCUUGAAGUUAGUCAAAUGACCAACAGCAUGUAACAGUUCUGCUCCUAGAGUUUGAAUUCCUUUUCAUUUGUCAUCGUUCUUUUUGUAUUUUCAGCAUUUCCAUGGUAGGGUGGUCUCUACGAAGUCCGUAUCUAAUUAUUGGGGUUGUGGGUGUGUGACUGUGUAGAUAUAUAUUCUACUUAUUUGUUCAAGAUGCCACAUAAAAUCAAGUUCAUACUUUAUAGAUA